UGGAGGCUUCAGUUCAUGGAAGCAAUGUGCACUGCACGGACAAGACCAUUGAGGCUGCGGAGGCUUUGCUUCAUAUGGAGUCUCCUACCUGCCUGAGAGAUGCCAGGAGUCCUGAAUUUAUCCAUGCGGCCAUGAGACCGGACGUGAUCACAGAGACGGUGGUGGAGGUGUCAACAGAGGAGUCAGAACCAAUGGAUGCAUCUCCUGUUCCAACCUCCCCUGACAUCCAUGAACCAAUGAAAAAGAAAAAAGCUGGCCGUAAACCCAAGACCCAACAAUCGGCUGUAUCAGAUGGCUCUCCAGAUCUAGGUAUAAAGAAGAAACCUAGAGAAGGCAAAGGAAAUACAACGUACUUAUGGGAGUUCCUUCUGGACCUUCUCCAGGACAAAAACACUUGCCCACGAUACAUUAAAUGGACUCAGCGAGAGAAGGGAAUCUUUAAGCUUGUGGACUCCAAAGCUGUCUCCAAACUAUGGGGAAAACACAAAAACAAACCUGACAUGAACUAUGAGACUAUGGGAAGAGCUCUGAGAUACUACUAUCAAAGAGGAAUCCUUGCAAAAGUUGAGGGGCAGAGGCUUGUCUAUCAGUUUAAGGAAAUGCCAAAAAAUAUAGUUGUCAUAGAUGAUGACAAAAGCGAGCCCUGCAGUGAAGAUUUGUCCCUGCCUACGGAUGAAAAGUAAAGAGUGUCUUUAUCUGCAGAAAACCUUUUAAAAGCAGCAACCUCUGCACGUGGAGGAAAAAAUUCCUCCCAGUUAAGCUGUACCAGAACAGAAAAAGCAGUCACCAGAGUUGUGAACAUUGCCUCACCAGCGCAUGAUACAUCCUCCUCUCGUCCCUCAACGACUGCUGCUACUGUUCCAGCAACCACAGCUCCCAGGACUGUACGUGUGGCAAUGCAAGUGCCUGUGGUCAUGACCUCCCUGGGACAGAAGAUCUCCACCGUGGCCGUGCAGUCGGUAAACGCGGGGUCCCCGUUAAUAACCAACACGAGCCCCACGGCAGACACGACUCCAAAGGUAGUCAUCCAGACAAUCCCUACUGUGAUGCCAACCUCUGCUGAGAACGGAGACAAAAUCACCAUGCAGCCUGCCAAAAUCAUCACGAUCCCUGCCACGCAGCUCACGCAGUGUCAGUUACAAACAAAAACGGGCCUGUCCGGCUCGGGGAGUAUUAACAUCGUGGGGACCCCCCUGGCUGUUAGAGCACUAACCCCAGUGUCCAUAGCUCACGGGACACCAGUUAUGAGACUAUCAGUGCCUGCUCAGCAGGCGGCUGGCCAGACUCCUCCCAGGGUGAUUAGUGCAGUUAUAAAAAGCCCGGAAGUUAAGUCAGACACGGCGGCUUUAAAACAGGAACGUGAAGUGAAAACGCUGCAGCUGGUCAAAGAAGAGAAGCCAGCGGAUGGAAGCAAGACUGUGACCCACGUGGUAGUAGUUAGCACACCCUCAGCUAUUGCCCUUCCUGUAACAAUGAAAACAGAAGGAAUCCUGACGUGUGAGAAGUGA